AUGAUCAAUAAUAAUAAUGAUUCUUCAACGAAUGAUAAUGAUGAACUAAAUACCGAUAAAGAAAUCCCAAAAUCCUUGAUCAUCAGCAUCGAUGAAAGGAGUUCAAGAGAUUCAAAAAAGAUAACUGCAGAAUUGACGAACGUAAUUGAGGAAAAGGAAGUUAAUGAGAAUUCUGAAGAUAAUCCAUUUAAUUGGCCCAAAAGGAAGAAAUGGUUAACUUUGGUGGUACUUUCAUGUGGUGCCAUUAUCUCUCCCAUUUCAUGCUUUUUGUUUUAUCCCGCAGUAUUGGAAGUUCGAAAACAAUUGCAUACAACUAGCAUAUUGACAAACGCGUCAGUCUCAAUAUUUAUCAUUUUUCAGGGCAUUGGACCAUUGGGAUGUGCAGCCUAUUCUGAUUCCAGACAGACUCGUAGACAUGUUUAUAUAUUUUCCCUAAUUCUCUUCAUCGUAACAUCAGUGAUAUGUGCGAUAACAAACAAUAUUUGGUUGUUGAUUUUAAUUAGAAGUGUUCAAGCAUGCGGUUCCAGUGCUUUGCAUGCAAUCGGGCCUACUACAAUAAGUGAUAUGUUUGUUGCCGAGGAACUUGGUAACGCAUUCGGAUUCUUUUAUUUAUUCCCAAUUUUUGGACCUUUAAUUGGACCGGUUAUCGGAGGUUAUGUUACAGAAUAUCUUGGCUGGAGAUGCAAGGUCUAUAACUUAACCGCCUCGAAAAUUGGUUUGGUGUUUUUAUCUCCCGCAUUGGGUUAUAUGCUUGGUAGUGUAAUCGGUGGUAAAUAUACUGAUUACGUUUUGAGAAAGGCAAAACGAAUCGCUUUAAUCGCUCAACAAAAGGAAAUCGAAAAAAUAAUUGAAAAAGGUGAGAAUGAUACGAUUAUGUUGGAAUCGGUUCAGGUUGAACCUGAGAUAAGAAUUCACGGUAUUUGGAUAGGUGUCAUCAUUAUACCUACAAGUUUUUUGGCAUACGGUUGGUUAUUAGAAAAUCGAAUUUCAAUAAUAUUUCCAUUAAUCUUGAUGUUCCUUGGAUUUGGACAAAUCUUGGUAUAUACAACAAUGUUUACUUACCUGGUGGAAUCAUUUCCAACUCAAUCCGCUUCAAUUGCUGCGAAUUCAAAUUUUUCAAGGCAAUUGGUCGCUGGGUUAUUAUCUCUGUUCUCGGUACCUAUAUAUGAAGCGUUAGGUGUUGGAUGGACUUUUAGUUUGGUAGCGUUUUUGAAAAUUAUUGGAACUUUAUUGGUCAUUGUCGUAAUAUUUAAAGGUAAACAAUGGAGGUUAAAAUUUAAACAAGAUUUUAAUUUAAAUUAG